ACAACACACAGUUCCCAGUCUGUGGUAAACUAGACCACACUUCUGUGUAGCCUAGAUUUAGUAGAAAGUGAACAGCUGAUUCACAGUUACAAUGGCUGAUAUAGCAACCGCAGCCAAUGAAGGACCAAACACCAAACCCUUGCUUGACAAGCCUCACCCAGACGGUGAUGUUAAGGUGAUCAACUUCUCGGAGAUGGAAUUAGAAAACACCAAAGUCAAUGAUGAACACGGUAUGGGGGUUCGUCACCCUACUACUUUCUUUGAGACCCUGUUCCACUUGAUCAAGGGAAACAUAGGAUCUGGAAUGUUUGCAAUGGGAGAUGCCUUCAAGAACGCAGGUCUUAUGCUCGGCCCCGUGCUGACAGUCUUCCUUGGAGUCAUUUGUGUUUACGGGAAUCACGUCUUGAUCAACAGUUCUAAAGAGUUAGCUCAGCGGCGUAACCUGAAAGUAUAUCCUACGUUUCCUGACACGAUGGAGUGGGCCUUCCAAACGGGUCCACGAUACUUCCGUCGCUUCUCAAAAACUAUCAGACUGCUGGUGAAGAUUUUCAACAUCAUUGCUCAGCUGGGAUUUUGUUCGGUUUACUUUGUUUUCAUAUCAUCAACACUAACAACAAUCCUGGAACACUACGGUCACCAUGUAGAUGUCCACGUACUCAUGGCGCUCAUCUUCAUUCCGAUGGUGUCUACUGCGAUGGUUCGUUCCCUCAAGUUCCUCGUUCCGUUCUCGGUGCUGGCCAACAUUCUGACUGGCCUAGGAGUGUUCUUGACAAUGUACAUCUCCAUGCACGACCUACCUCCCGUAUCGUCCAGGCCUGCCAUCGCUCCUAUUGAUAGGCUGCCGCUGUUCUUCGGCACAGCCAUCUACUGCUUCGAAGGAAUCGGUUUGGUUUUACCACUCCAAAGUGAGAUGAAGAAACCAGACAAGUUCGGAGGUUGGUUCGGGGUGCUGAACGUCGGAAUGUCAUUAGUCGGAUGUGUUCUGCUGUGGAUGGGUUUCGUUGGAUACCUCAAGUAUGGAGAGGAUGUGGAGGGCAGCCUUACGCUCAACUUGCCUCCAGCUAGUGUGUUCUCUGAGGUGGUCCAGCUCACCAUAGCCGUAGGGUUACUCUUCUCCUAUGCUCUACAGUUCCACGUGGCUGUCUGUUUUGUGUGGCCAGACUUCAACAGGAAGCACGGACCAUUCAAGAGACCUGUGCAGGCAGAGCUCUGCGUCCGCUUCUGUCUGGCUCUUGUCACAUUCAUCGCAGCUGAGGUAGUGCCACACCUUGGACUAUUCAUCUCUCUGCUCGGAUCUGUCAGUAGUACAGCUCUCGCACUAGUGUUUCCCCCUCUCUGCGACCUCGCCCUGCACUACGGCCGCACUCCGGGGCCGAACUACGCCUUCGACGUGCUCUCCCUCACCCUCGCACUCAUCGGCUUCCUCACUGGAUCGUACUUCAGUCUGCACGACAUCUUUGUAGCAUUCUUUGGUCAGACGGGCACGUGACAGAAUGGAACGAUUUUGUUAACGUUAAAAUGUAUGUUUUCAGAUCCAAAAGUGUAUACAUGGUGGAUCGUUGUGCUUACGCUGGUUGAAUUUCACCCACUUAAAGUGUAGUGUUGUCUUGUAGUUUAUGCGGAAAUGUAAAAUAGCGUAUUGAUUUAGUCAAAAAUGCAAUAUUGUAUUUAAGUGAGGAAUUUGUAUUUAUUUUGGAGAUUUCAUAACGUUUUGAUGUGCCUUAGGGAUAAUUUUUCCAACUGUUGUGUAGUUAUUGAUAUAAAACUGUAAGAAUUUUGAUUAAUUUACAAAUGUAACUAUUAUUUUCAUUGUUACGCUGAUUACCUAUGAUAUUAGCAUUUAGCAGCUUUAAUCGAUGACAGUAGGAGCUUGCUUAUCACCGAGCAAGAAAUAGGUGUGUUCAAUAACAUUUUUGCUUUUAAUAUAAUUUUUUUCAAAAAAUCUAAAUAUUACUUGCCAAAAUCGGUUUUGUUUCAUCAAUAACUUACACAAUGCAUAAAUAACUUACUUCAUUGACUAUUGACAUAAACUAACUGUUCUCUUAGUUACAACAUACUAUUACAUACAAAUAAAAACAUUUUAACACAGUGCUAAAAGUAAUUUAAAUGUAAUUAAUUGAAAAAUUUGUACCGUCUGAUUUUAUUAGGUUUCAUUUCGGGUCAUAUUUCUUUGCUGUUAUUUACAUUAGUGCAAUGUUUUUAUGUUAUUUCUAAAAUACGGGUAACCGAGUGGUUAGUGUUUAACUUAUUAGAAAAGAAGGUGCUUCGCCUAAUAAAUAGAAUGGUAGUCGUUGCUGAUGAGAAGAAUGUCAGUAUAGUUUUACAAUGGUUUAUAACUGGAUCCAGCUGUACUUGAUCAUGAAGCUUUUAAUUUUCCUAAAUAAAUAAAUAAACUACUAGAAAACGCAUUUUAUUUUAAUAGGAAAGGCAUUGCUUUUUCCAGCUUUGGCUUUUCUUUGCUUGUUAAACCUCAGAUAAACUUCUUGGCUUCGUCCUGGACUCCAAGUUACAGUGGGGCCCUCAUAUAAAUUCUGUUUGUAUAAGACUAAGUAGAGUAAUUUUCCUCUUGAGAAAACUGAAACACCUGAUAACUGCACAGUACCUGUUGACAGUCUAUUUUUCGCUUUUUCAUAGCCAUGUGGCCUAUGGCAUCCAACUGUGGGGACAUGCCGCUGACAGCAGUCGUGUGCUCCGCUUGCAGAAACAGGCACUACGAGUAAUCACAAAUAGAUUUUGAGGAAGCACCAACUCUUGACCGCCCACCGCCAUCUAAAGCUUAAGUUUUAAAUAUAUGUUUUAUUAAAGAAAGUUUUUGUUUUAUAAAAGUUUGACGCUGUCUAUCCGGCCCUGGCUAAUCAGAGACGAAGAGGAGGUAAUAAGGUAAUAAGGUAAAGGUAAUAAGGUAAAAAAGGUUUACUUUUGGAGGGUUGCUAGUGAAGAAAUACUAUUCUAAUUUUUUAUAUUUUAGCUCAUGAUAUUUAUUUUUAUACCAAUGUAAAAAACGGUGUUUUCUGUAUUUGACCAGAUAAAAUUCAUAUACAAUGACAAAAUUUAUUACAUUAGUUAUUUCUUUAAGAUUUUACAAUUUUUGUAUACAGUAGACUCCCUCUUAUUCGGACACCUUUUAACCGGACUACACUUGGUGGAAAUGACAUCUCUUACCGGACAAUUUUUAUCAGCACAUCUAUUUAACUGGACUAGAUCGGCAGGAAGUGGGCGGUACUGAAACGACCGUUCUCGUGGGAAAGAUUUGAGACCAGUGAUCACGUGUCUAAAUACAAUGCUCUCAUAAAUUUAAGUCAAAUACACAUUUAAGCGGUCCGUUUUUACGAGUAGAUGUAGAUGUAGAUUUAACCGGAAAACGUGUUAUCUGGACUGUCCUCAGUCCCGAGGAGUACGGAUAAGAGGGAGUCUACUGUAAAUAAAACUAGAUGUAGGCUACUUAUUUUAUAGUGAAUAUU